UGUUCAGUCCUGCCCUCCUUCGCUCACACAUCGCAUUUACUCGCAUGGUGCGCUCUGAUCGACAGACAGAGCGCAGCGUCCUCUCCUGCGGCCGUGGAUUCACUUCUGCAGAAGUGGAUAUUUGGCGUGAAACUUUUUUACGGUCACCUCUUAUUACCUACCAUCUGUGUGCAUCCCAGAUAUCGAACAAAAAGGUUUUAGGAGGAAACCUUUGAAACCACAAGAAAGCCUGGCUGACGGCAUAAAAGCAACACUUUUUUCCACUGCAUACGUACCAAGAGACGAAAGAAUGCGUGACUGCAGGACUCUUUGACAUCCUGCUUUUGGAUCUAAUUUUAUAUUCGGUAAAAAGGCAGAAAAACAAACCAGUCUUCCACUCAUAGGGAAUCCCAACGAUGAGCAAGGUUUCUAGCCAAGCAGCAUAUGCUGCUCAUGUUCCAUCCACUAUCCCCAAAUAUUUCUCAACAGGAAUGUCCUCCAUGUUUAGUGUGUACCAGAACCAAGAAGUCAUCAAAGAGCACUACAACUAUACAGGCAAGCUAAAUGGGACAAAUGCGGACAAGUACGCGCCUGGAUUCAAACCGGAAGCCAUUGCUUUCCUGUUGGUCUGCCUGCUUAUUGUUGCAGAGAAUGCUGUGGUGCUUAUUGCCAUCUGGAAGAACAAGAAGUUCCAUAUCCCCAUGUACUAUUUGCUGGGAAACUUAACUCUCUCGGACCUGCUUGCUGGUUUAUCUUAUAUGAUAAACAUUCUAACAUCUGGUUCCAACACACUGAAAAUGACCCCUGUGCUGUAUUUUUUGAGGGAGGGCUGUGUGUUCAUCAUGCUGGCUGCUUCCAUAAUCAGUCUGCUGGCCAUCGCCAUAGAGCGCCACGUCACCAUGGUGAGGAUGAAGCCGUACCAGGGCCACAAACAGGGACGGAUGUUCGCUCUGAUCGGAGCCAGCUGGAUGCUGUCAGUGUUCCUGGGUAUCCUUCCUGUCCUGGGCUGGAACUGCAUCGGGGAGCUUGAGAAGUGCUCCACCGUCUUUCCGCUCUACGCCAAAAGCUACAUCCUAUUCUGCAUCACCGUCUUCAGUGCCAUCCUCAUGUCCAUCGUGGUGCUUUAUGUGCGAAUCUUUCGCAUCGUCAAGUCCAAUACCCAGCGCCUUGCUACAGUUCCCCAGCGCAAAGGUCUUUACCGAAAGUCCCAGAAAUACAUGGCCCUUCUGAAAACCGUCACCAUAGUCCUGGGGGUCUUCAUCGCAUGCUGGCUGCCUCUUUUUAUCCUUUUCUUGCUGGACUUCAGCUUUCCGGUCAAAGGCUGCAAGGUGCUCUUCAAGGCUGAGUACUUCCUGGGCAUCGCAGUGUUCAACUCCCUACUCAACCCAAUCAUCUACACGCUGACCAGCAAAGACAUGCGUAAGGCCAUCCUCAGGCUUCUGUGCCACCGCUGUCUCCUAACCUCAGACGGGAAAAUGAAGAAGUUUGGCUUGGCCUUCCUGGAUUUCAGCACCACUAAGACGGACGCAGUGUCUCACAGACUGGAGGGACUGGACACAACAGUUUCUUCAGGGAACCUUCCCUCAACUAUUAAAGCUAUUUAUCCAAGGAUAUCGAAGAUAUAACACUCUGACUCAGAACUGAGAGCAAGCAUGCAGACUGAAAACUGGUCUUCCUGUGCUUCUGUGUUAAAGACUCAUAUUUAAAGAACCAUCAGAAGGAGAAAAAUUUUAAUGCACUUUGAAAUGAUUCUAGUUUUAAACUAUCCAUGUUUGCAAAGCUGGGAGAAAAAACCUUUUGUUGGAUUUAUAUUUAUGCCACUUCUUCUCUGUAGAUAUUGUUGCCUUCAUCAUAGCUAAAAGCUUGUCUUUUAACUAUGAUGAAAAAAAAAUCUACAAAGCUAGCAUUACCAUUGUCAAGACUCCUAAACAAGUCCAGUAUUAAUCAAGUGAUUUCUUCUGCAAGAAAAUCGCAAAUCAUCUGAAAAUGUCUUGUAAAAACCGAGAAAUCCAAGCCUGUUUGUUGACAUUUUACAGCAUCUGUAAUGUGCAUCUGAUCGAGAGGGGAAAGCCCAAGCUUGACAUUUGGGGUUAGGAUUAUCUCCCACUGCCUUUGUAGCGUAUAAUGACACGUUGUCGUGAUCACUGGGCCUCCACACCCAAAAAACGAAGUCUGCCAAAACUGUUUAAUCUCUGCCAUGUGAGUUUUGGUCAGCGCUGAGACCGGGAACAUCAGAGACUCUAAAGACGUCAGAUGGAGCUGGGUGGCUUUUCAUCUUUGGAGGUCCCUCCAACACAUGUAGCAGCACACGACCAGUGCAUUAAAGCAAUAAAAGCUGACAGCUGAGGCUUGGCGACGCCUUUUGCAGGCUGGAACAUGGCUGUUAAAAGUUAUAGCUUUAUAGACAGUCAUUUCUUUUAGAGGAAGCUCAUCUUUAUUAUGUGAAAUGAUAUGAAAGGACUCUUUUUGUGAAGACCUAUAAGUGAAACCAUCCCUGUUUUUUCCCUGAUUGAGCUGACAUGGUGAGUUAUCAGUAACAUUGUAAAAAACAAAUGUAAAGAAUAAAUUCUAUUUACUUGUAGUCAGUAGAUUUUGUAAAUAUGUAUAACCUCCAUGAGUUGGGUCUUCUUUUAUAAAAGUCUUACUUAAAUUAUGUUUUUUAUGUGCACUGAAUAAACAUAUGUGAAUGAUUUUUCCA